AGCACCCAUCUGUCCCGUCCGCCUCCCAUUUAAGCCACACCACUCCAGUCCUCCUACUACGUAUCAUCCUUUGGAAUUCUUCAUCUCCUACCUCCAUCUGGCUGCUCCAUGAAAAACAAAACACUCACUACAGCUAGCUAGCAGCUGCCUUCUUGUAUUCAUAAACCCUCACUCCUCCUCCUCACCCAUCUCCCCCUCCAUCAUUCUGGUUGCAUUUUGACCAUCGGUCGAGAUGGAGAUGCAGGUGAAGGCAGCUGGGGGCGGGAAGAGGAGCAGGACGAGCGGCGGCACGACGGCGACGAGGGUAGUGGAGAGGAAGGAGGCAGAGAGGGAGAGGAGGCAGCACAUGAAGGCGCUCUGCGCCAAGCUCACCUCCCUCAUCCCAAAAGAAUACUUCUCCAACCCUGAUACGAUGACCCAGCUAGGCAGCCUGGAUGUGGCUGCGUCAUACAUCAAGAAGCUCAAAGAGAGGGUGGACGAGCUGCAACAUAGGAGGAACUCUGCACAAGCAAUGGCUGCCGCAAGAGGGGCUAGUGGCGCCUCAACGCCCACCACCACCCCUACCACGAGUGGUGGGGCGGGGUCACCAGAAGGAGAGAAACAUUGGGAGGCAUCGGCGCCGGUGGUGGAGGUGCGUCAACACGAUGAUACGAGCAUGGAUGUGGUGCUGGUAUGCAGCACAGAGAGGCCGAUCAUGCUCCACCAGGUGAUCACCAUCCUCGAGGAAGAAGGCGCCGAGGUCGUCAAUGCCAAUCACUCCGUUGCUGGCCACAAAAUCUUCUACACCAUACACUCCCGGGCUUUCAGCUCGAGAAUUGGCAUAGAUGUUUCAAGUGUUUCUGAACGACUGAGAGCAUUGGUAUGAUAGUAAACUGAUUUGUGUAAAAUAUAUAUCCCAUAACUAUAUAUAAAGAAAAAAUCCCGCAUAUGGUACAUAUGUCUAGUUAUUAGUUGCUAGAAGAACGGGAUGUAAACACCCUUCAGUAGCUACAUAACAUCUUCUUCAUGUUGUUUUCACAACAUGAUCAAUGUAUGGAAAGUGAUGUUGACUGUUCUGCGAUUUAUCACCGACUUUUGGGAUGUCAUGUCUUGUUGUAUGUUGCUGGAGUAUUUUUAGAAUAAGUUUAUAGGCAUGUAUUGCUCGAUAUUCUGGCUAUGUGAUUACAUGGUGCAGAUGCCCAAAAAUAUCACCAACUUGCUCGAAUGUAAUUUACUUUCUACUGGUACAGGCUGCUUAAUUAUUUGCUUCAUUUAAUCAUCACACAUCCGGGAGCAAAAGAGUAUACCAUGCAGACGUUGUUUUUUUCCAGAUAGCUAUAACAGUAUAUAGGGUAAGAAGAAAUUCAUUAUUUAGGGGAAUGAACUUUGUUCCCACAACAUCCAGACCUUGACAUUCAGACAUUGACAGUUAUGUUAAUUAGUAUCCAUUGGCGAAAGCAAACUUUGGCAAAACAGAAGAAAAUACAAGAUGUGGCCAUGUGGGCGUCAUGUCAAACAAAUAUAUGUUGACUAAAGUAUCAAACAAAAGAGUAUGUCAGAAAAUAUGUUGACUAAAGUAUCAAAUAAAGGAGUAUAAUAUACGCUAAGACCGAGCAAAUAUUAGAGAAAGGGAUGGAUGAAAGUGAGAGGCAGAUGUUACUGCAUCCAUGCAUGUAAACGUGCUGAAUACUAUUAUGUGAUGGCUUUUGGUUCUGGACCCCUUCAAUACUUCACUUUCUUCCUCGACAUCAAGAGAGUGGGUGAUUGGGGAGAGCCUGAUGUGGUGGGCCGAAAGCUCA